AUGGCUGCGGAGGAACCGUUUGCCAAGUCCAAAACCGGCGUCAAGGUCAUCAUCGUCGGAGCAGGUUUUGGUGGGCUCACCGCGGCGAUAGAAUGCCAUCGUCAGGGCCAUGAUGUUGAGAUUUAUGAGUCGUUCCCAGAGCUCAAGGUUCUUGGCGACAUAAUAUCCUUCGGCUCCAACGCCGGACGGAUAUUCACUAGAUGGGGUGUCGAUGGCUCGAUAGCCAAGAAAAUGAGGACCCUGAGUAUUGACCUCGUCAACCACGGAUUCAAAAUCCACAAGUACACGGGAGAGCACAUCAUCACCCAGAAGACGCCUCCAAUGGAUCCUGAAGCUCCUGUUUUCAACGGCCACCGAGGAGAACUGCACGAAGUUCUCUUCAAUUACGCCCGCGACGAUCUCAAGAUCCCCAUCCAUCUCGGAGAGAAGGUAGUGAAGUACUUCGAAGAGGACAACAGAGCCGGUAUUCAACUCGCAAAUGGGGAGCAAGCUUGGGGCGAUGUUGUUAUUGGCUCGGACGGCGUGAGGUCGAAGGCGCGAGAACUUGUUCUGGGAUACUUCGACAAGCCGAAGAGCAGCGGUUAUGCCGUCUUCCGCGCCUGGUUCCCCAAUACCGACAUGCUCGCCGACCCGGAGACCGCCCAUUUCUGCAACAACGGCGACACAUUUCAGGGCUGGAUUGGACAGGACGUCCAUUUCCUUUUCUCGACCAUCAAGAACGGAAGCGAUUGCUGUUGGGUGUUGACACACAGGGACGAUGCGGACAUUGAUGAAUCAUGGUCAUUCCCGGGCAAGCUAGAAGACGUCUACAAGGUGUUUGAGGGCUGGGACCCUCUCUGCAAGAAAAUUGUUUCCAAGACCCCAGAAAGCCGACUCGUCGACUGGAAAUUAGUAUACCGAGACCCGCUGCCGACCUGGGUCAGCAAGGGAGGCCGGAUUGCAUUGCUGGGUGACUCGGCGCAUCCAUUCUUGCCAACAUCCGCGCAGGGUGCAACGCAAUCAAUGGAGGACGGCGUCACCAUCGCUGUCUGUCUUCGACGUGCCGGGAAGAGCCAAGUCCAAGAUGCUGUUCGAACGUAUCAACGAAUCAGAUACGACCGCGUCAAAGCAGUCCAGAAGACCGGGGAGACAACCCGAGAUAUGUGGCACAAAGCGGACUGGGACAAAGUCAAGGAGAACCCCGAAUCAGUCCAAUUUCCACGUGAAGAUUGGAUCCACACGCAUGACGCCGAGAAGCACGCCGAGGAGGUCUUUGAUGAAAAUUUCGCUGCGGUAAAGGCUGGAGAUAAGGGUGUCCCAGACAAGCUUGCAAGCGGUGGAGACAAAGUCAGCGCAACCGCGACCGUGAACGAAGUGUCUGUGGCUGGCGAGGUGGAAGUGAAUGGUACUCACUGA